AUGCCACCUAUCAUUCACUGUGUCCGUCAUGCCCAGGGCUACCAUAACCUCAGCCACGCCAACCACAUCCUCUCCGACCCCCUCCUGACGCCGCACGGCGAAUCGCAAUGCAGAGCCCUCAGCGCGGAAUUCCCGCACCACUCCCGAAUCGACCUUGUCGUUGCCUCCCCUCUCCGGCGCACGCUCUACACCGCGCUGUUAUCGUUUGAGGACCAAAUCAAGAGCAAAGGAUUGAAGAUUGUCGCGCUGCCGGAGAUCCAGGAGACGAGCGACGUGCCAUGUGAUGUCGGCAGUGACCUGGCGGUGCUGCGCAAGGAGGUGGAGGAGAAUGGGAUGCCGGUGGAUCUGGAGCUGGUGGGGGAGGAUUGGAAUUCGAAGAAAGGAAAAUGGGCGCCGAGCGCCGAGGCAAUUGCAAAUCGUGCCAGGGAGGCGCGGCACUGGUUAAAAGCCCGGCCGGAAAAGGAGAUCGUGGUUGUGUCGCAUGGGGGAUUUCUACAUUAUUUCACGGAAGAUUGGCAAGAUAGCACACUAUACCAAGGCACCGGAUGGCGCAAUACCGAAUAUCGCACCUUCACCUUCACCAGCUCUGCUGACCGGGAUGAUCUUUACGGCCGCCCCGUCGACGGCGACAACGCCAGCCUCGUGGAAACGUGCGAGUCACGCACGCGUCGAGGGAUAGCAGCCGAAGCGCCCUCCCGGGAUCUGCAGAAGGAAUUCUUCGUGCAGGCCAUGACGGGCUGGGAGAAUCAACUUUUGGAAUUUGCAAGGCAGGAGGCGGCGAAAAAAGGGGUAGCCGCCGUUGAUACUAGCAUUGAAGGGAAGGCCGGAGAGAAGGUUGUUGCAGUCGAAGCGGGCGAGGAUGCGAGGGUCAUUGCAUAG